UUUUCGUGUGUGCUAGCGUUAAUCAACAUACAGAACGAAAAAGCUUGGUAGAGUUAAGAUGGCGGCAUGUGGGUGAGGAGGCUGUAGUUCUAAGCUCGGGAUUUUUUGUCAAAAAAUAUUUAUAUGAAUCCAUACAUAUACAGAUAUCGAGAAAAUAACAAUUCCCACACACUUGACACAUUUGUGUGUUAAUUUGGAUCGGAUCCAUGACAUCCAUACACUUCGUGGUUCACCCGUUGCCCGGGACUGAGGACCAGCUCAAUGACAGACUUCGUGAAGUGUCGGAGAAACUCAACAAAUACAACUUUAACAGUCAUCCACACCUCAACCUGCUGGAGCAGGCCACCUUAAAACAGUGUGUAGUUGGACCAAACCAUGCUGGCUUUCUGCUUGAGGAUGGACGUGUGUGUCGGAUCAGCUUUGCUGUCCAGCCAGAUCGUCUGGAGCUGACCAAACCAGAUGGCAACGAUGGUUCAAAGUUGAGUGGCAGUGGUUCAGGGACAGGAAGGAGCUCCAGGCCAGGCAGGACUAGUGAUCCUCCCUGGUUCCUGUCUGGCUCUGACACACUGGGCAGACUGGCAGGCAACACCCUUGGGAGUCGCUGGAGCUCCGGGGUGAACGGUGGAUCAGGUGGAGGAGGAGGAGGAGGUGGUGGUGGUGGCGGUGGCAGCAGCAGUGUAGGAGGUGCAGGGGGAGGAGGUGUAGGAGGAGCUGUCAGUGGAGGAGGUGGUGGUGGAGGCUCCUCUGGGAGGUCGUCUACAGCUGCCCGGGACUCGAGACGUCAGACCAGGGUGAUCCGCACAGGGAGGGACCGGGGCUCUGGUCUCCUGGGCAGCCAGCCCCAGCCUGUCAUCCCUGCCUCAGUCAUCCCAGAGGAACUCAUCUCCCAGGCUCAGGUGGUCCUCCAGGGGAAGUCUAGGAGUGUGAUCAUCCGGGAGCUCCAGAGGACCAACCUGGAUGUCAACCUGGCCGUCAACAACCUACUGAGCAGAGACGAUGAGGACGGUGACGAUGGCGAUGACACAGCCAGCGAGUCCUACCUCCCUGGAGAGGACCUGAUGUCCCUGCUGGACGCUGACAUCCACUCAGCCCACCCCAGUGUCAUCAUCGAUGCUGACGCCAUGUUCUCUGAGGACAUCAGCUACUUUGGCUACCCUUCCUUCAGACGCUCCUCCCUGUCCCGCCUGGGCUCCUCGCGAGUUCUCCUUCUUCCCUUAGAGCGUGACUCAGAGCUGUUGCGUGAGCGCGAGUCUGUGUUGAGGUUGCGGGAGCGGAGGUGGCUGGAUGGGGCCUCAUUUGACACGGAGAGGGGCUCCACCAGCCGCGAGGGGGAGCCCAGCCUGGACAAGAAGAACAUCCCCGUCCAGAGCCCUGUCUCUCUGGGCGAGGAGCUGCAAUGGUGGCCUGACAAGGAUGGUGUGAAGUUUGUGAGCAUCGGGUCCUUGUUCUCUGAGCUGGUGGCAGUGAGCUCUAAGGGGGAACUCUACCAGUGGAAGUGGAGUGAACCAGAACCAUACAGAAACACACAGAACCCUUCUAUCCGCCACCCCCGGGUGUCCUUCCUGGGCCUGACCAAUGAGAAGAUCACCCUGCUGUCUGCUAACAGCAUCAGAGCCACCGUGGCCACGGAGACCAAUAAGGUGGCGACCUGGAUGGAUGACACCCUGAGCAGUGUGGCGUCCAAGCUGGAACACAGUGCCCAGGUCUACCCUGAGCUGCAGGGGGAGCGCAUCGUGUCUCUGCACUGCUGUGCCCUCUACACCUGCGCCCAGCUGGAGAGCAGCCUGUACUGGUGGGGUGUUGUGCCUUUUAGUCAACGGAAAAAGAUGCUUGAAAAGGCUAGAGCCAAGAACAAGAAGCCAAAGUCCAGUGCCGGCAUCUCCUCAGUACCCAACAUCACCGUGGGAACGCAGGUGUUUGUGUCCUCUCUCCAGGUGUGCCUGAGGAAUAACCCCCUCUACCACGCCGGUGCCGUUGCCUUUUCUGUCAACGCUGGGAUCCCCAAGGUGGGACUGCUCCUUGAGUCUGUCUGGAACAUGAACGACAGCUGCAGGUUCCAGCUGCGAUCACCAGAGAGCCUCAAGAACAUGGACAAGACCACCAAGACCCAGGAGAUCAAAACGGAGAGCAAGCCGGAGUUGGUAAAGACUGAGAUGGGGCCCCCUCCUUCCCCGGCCUCCACCUGCAGUGACACCUCCUCCAUCGCUAGCAGUGCCUCGCUGCCCUACAAACGAAGACGCUCAACCCCGGCUCCCAAAGAGGAGGAGAAGGUGAACGAGGAGCAGUGGCCUCUUCGGGAAGUGGUGUUUGUGGAGGAUGUUAAAAACGUCCCUGUGGGAAAGGUGCUGAAAGUGGACGGUGCGUAUGUAGCUGUGAAGUUUCCAGGGACAUCAAGCAGUGUGAGCACACAGCCGAGUCUACCUAGUGCUCCAGCUCCCAUCACUGACUCUGACCCCUCCUCACUGCUGCAGGACUGUAGGCUGCUCAGAAUAGAUGAGUUACAGGUGGUGAAAACUGGUGGAACUCCUAAAGUUCCAGAUUGCUUCCAGCGUACACCUAAAAAACUCUGCAUCCCAGAGAAGGCUGAGAUUCUGGCUGUGAAUGUUGACUCCAAAGGAGUCCACGCAGUGCUGAAGACUGGUAACUGGGUGAGGUACUGUAUCUUUGACCUGGCCACAGGCAAAGCAGAGCAGGAGAAUAACUUCCCCACCAGUAACCUGGCCUUCCUGGGGCAGAGUGAACGCAACGUAGCAAUCUUCACCGCAGGACAGGACUCUCCAGUCAUCCUUCGGGAUGGAAACGGCACAAUUUACCCAAUGGCCAAAGACUGUAUGGGCGGGAUCCGAGACCCUGAGUGGUUGGACCUGCCGCCCAUCGCCAGCCUGGGCAUGGGGGUGCACUCCCUGGCCAACCUCCCCACCAACUCAACCAUCAAGAAGAAAGCUGCUAUUAUCAUAUUGGCUGUGGAAAAGCAGACGUUAAUGCAGCACGUGCUGCGUUGUGACUUUGAGGCCUGUCGUCAGUACCUGGUGAACCUGGAGCAGGCUGUACUCCUGGAGCAGAGUCCCCACGUCCUCCACUCCUUCCUGGGCCACCGCUGCGACGGCAACCGCAACAUCCUCCACGCCUGCGUCUCCGUCUGCUUCCCCGUCAGCAACAAGGAGACCAAGGAGGAGGAAGAAGCUGAACGGUCUGAGAGGAAUACAUUUGCAGAGAGACUGUCAGCAGUGGAGGCCAUAGCCAACGCUAUCUCUGUGGUGUCUAGCAACAGCUCUGGAAACAGGACCGGCUCUUCCAGCAGCAGAGGGCUGCGUCUGAGGGAGAUGAUGAGGCGCUCUCUGAGAGCUGCGGGGCUUGGCCGUCACGAGUCUGGCCCCUCCUCCAGUGAUCACCAGGACCCUGUGUCCCCACCCAUCGCUCCUCCCAGCUGGGUGCCUGACCCCCCUCCCAUGGACCCAGAUGGUGACAUAGACUUCAUCCUGGCCCCUGCAGUGGGAUCUCUCACCACAGCUUCUACAGGGACCAGCCAGGGCCCCAGCACCUCCACUAUACCAGGCCCCUCCUCCGAGCCUUCGGUGGUGGAGUCUAAAGACCGCAAGGCCAACGCCCACCUCAUCCUCAAACUGAUGUGUGACAGCAUGGUUCUCCGGCCACACCUCCGCGAGCUGCUCUCCGCCAAGGAUGCCCGUGGAAUGACCCCAUUCAUGCUGGCAGUCAGCGGGAGAGCUUACCCAGCUGCCAUUACUGUUCUGGAGGCUGCGCAGAAAAUGGCCAAGGUGGGAGAACCCGGCAUGACUGAGAAGGUGGAUGCAGACUCUGCGUUCAUGGAGAUGAUUUGUCCCUCGGGGACCAACCCUGACGACUCUCCUCUCUACGUCCUCUGCUGCAACGACACCUGCAGCUUCACCUGGACAGGAGCUGAACACAUCAACCAGGAUAUCUUUGAGUGCCGGACCUGCGGCCUGUUGGAGUCUCUCUGCUGCUGCACUGAGUGCGCCAGGGUGUGUCACAAAGGACACGACUGCAAACUCAAGAGGACCUCUCCCACUGCUUACUGUGACUGCUGGGAGAAGUGUAAGUGUAAGACGCUGAUUGCUGGACAGAAAGCUGCUCGCCUGGACCUGCUGUACAGACUGCUCACCACCACUAACCUGGUCACCAGUCCAAACAGCCGGGGGGAGCAUAUCCUUCUGUUCCUGGUGCAGACUGUUGCUAGGCAGAGUGUGGAGCACUGCCAGUACCGGCCCCCUCGCAUCAGAGAGGACAGGAACCGCAAGGCUGCCAAUGCAGAAGUUUGUUGUCCUCCCUGUGUGUCAGACUCUGACAUGCCGGACCAUGACCUGGAACCUCCACGCUUCGCCCAGCUGGCCCUGGAGAGGGUGCUGCAGGACUGGAAUGCUCUCAAGUCCAUGAUAAUGUUCGGAUCCCAGGAGAAUAAAGACCCGCUGAGUGCCAGCAGCCGUAUCGCCCAUCUCCUUCCAGAGGAGCAGGUGUACCUGAACCAGCAGAGUGGCACCAUCCGCCUGGACUGCUUCACACACUGCCUCAUUGUCAAGUGUGCCCCUGACAUUACAGUAAGUCGGUUUAUUGACACCCUGCUGGGGACCUUGGUGAAGGAGCUGCAGAACAAGUACACUCCUGGCCGGAGAGAGGAGGCCAUCGUCGUCACCAGGAGGUUCCUGCGCUCCGUGGCCAGGGUGUUUGUCAUCCUCAGCGUCGAGAUGGCCUCGUCCAAAAAGAAAAAUAACUUCAUCCCCCAGCCCAUUGGGAAGUGCAGGCGUGUGUUCCAGGCCCUGCUGCCCUAUGCGGUGGAGGAGCUGUGCAACGUGGCGGAGUCUCUCAUCGUGCCUGUGAGGAUGGGCAUCGCCCGGCCCACCGCCCCCUUCACCCUGGCCAGCACCAGCAUCGACGCCGUGCAGGGCAGCGAGGAACUCUUCUCUGUGGAACCCUUGCCACCGAGACCCUCCCCAGACCAGUCCAGCAAUUCUAGUCAGACUGCAUCGUCCUACAUCAUCAGGAACCCCCAGCCUCGCCGCAGCAGCCAGUCCCAGCCGGUCAGAGGGAGAGACGAGGAGCAGGAUGACAUUGUGUCUGCUGACGUUGAAGAGGUAGAGGUUGUCGAGGGCGUUGCCGGGGAGGAGGAUCACCAUGAAGACCAGGAGGAACAGGGAGAGGAGAACGCUGAGGCAGAGGGACAGCAUGAUGAACAUGAUGAGGAUGAGGGUGAUGUCCUUUCCUCUCUAGGAAGCGACAUGGAGUUGGAUCUGCUGGCUGCCGCGGAGACGGAGAGUGACAGCGAGAGUAACCAUAGCAACCAGGACAAUGCCAGCGGUCGGAGGAGUGUUGUCACCGCAGCAACUGCCGGCUCCGAAGCAGGAAGUAGAAUGUCCCUGGCUUUUCAAAGUGUUGGUGCCAGCAGUGUCCCUGCCUUCUUUUCAGAGGACGACUCCCAGUCCAACGACUCGAGCGACUCGGACAGCAGCAGCAGCCAGAGCGACGACGUGGACCAGGAGACCUUCCUAUUGGACGAGCCCUUGGAGAGGACCACCACCGCCUCGCACGUCAACAGUGCUGCCCAGGCGCCACGCUCCAUGCAGUGGGCCGUACGCAACACCCCCAGCCAGAGAGCCACGGGCAGCGCCCCCUCCAGCUCCUCCACCCCUGCUGCAGCGAGCUCCACAGGUCUGAUCUACAUCGACCCGUCCAACCUGCGGCGCAGCAGCGCCAUCAGCACCAGCGCGGCCGCUGCGGCUGCAGCUCUGGAGGCCUCCAACUCAUCCAGCUACCUGACGUCAGCCUCCAGUUUAGCCCGGGCCUACAGCAUCGUCAUCAGACAGAUCUCUGACCUGAUGAGCCUCAUCCCCAAGUACAACCACCUGGUCUACUCCCAGUACCCUGCUGCAGUCAAACUCACCUACCAGGACGCUGUCAACCUGCAGAACUUUGUUGAGGAGAAGCUGAUCCCUACGUGGAACUGGAUGGUGUCCAUCAUGGACUCUACAGAGGCUCAGCUGCGUUACGGCUCGGCCCUGUCCUCAGCAGGCGACCCCGGACACCCAUCCCACCCCCUCCACGCCUCGCAGCACUCUGCCCGCAGGGAGCGCAUGACUGCCCGCGAGGAAGCCAGCCUCCGCACCUUGGAAGGACGCAGGUCUGGACGUGCGGCCACUCUGCUGACAGUGCGUCAGGGGAUGAUGUCAGCGCGGGGAGACUUCCUGAACUACGCCCUGUCUCUGAUGCGUUCCCAUAAUGACGAGCACUCUGACGUUCUGCCUGUGCUGGAUGUGUGUUCUCUCAAACACGUGGCCUACGUCUUCCAGGCCCUCAUCUACUGGAUCAAAGCCAUGAACCAGCAGACAACUCUGGACACAACACAGAUGGACCGCAAGAGGAGCCGAGAGAUUCUGGAACUGGGACUGGACAAUGAAGAUUCUGAACAUGAGAAUGACGAGGACACCAAUCAAAGUUCCACGCUCCAGGAUAAGGAGGAUGACUCGGUCCCUGCUGAGAUGGGACAGAACCACCCGUUCUUCCGGCGCUCUGACUCCAUGACCUUCCUGGGCUGUAUCCCCCCCAACCCCUUCGAGGUCCCCCUGGCAGAGGCCAUCCCCCUGGCAGACCAGCCUCACCUCUUGCAGCCCAAUGCAAGGAAGGAGGAUCUGUUUGGCCGUCCUAGUCAGGGCCUGUACUCGUCCUCGUACACAGCAAGCAAAGGCCUGGCCGAGGCCACCCUGGACCGCAGCUGCCUGGAGGUUAACAUGGGCUCCUCUCAGAUCCUACCCACCAAGAUGUCCUACUCAGCCAACCUGAAGAACGUGAUGAGUAUGGAGACUAGUCAGCGCGGCCGAGAGGACCAGCCCAUGGACCAGGAGCUAGUGGCUCCAAAGCCAGGCCCCUCACCCCACGACCUAGCUGCCCAGCUGAAGAGCAGCCUCCUGGCUGAAAUAGGCCUCACUGAGAGCGAUGGACCACCGCUCCCUUCCUUUAGACCCCACUGUAGUUUUAUGGGGAUGGUGAUCUCCCAUGACAUGCUGCUGGGCCGCUGGCGUCUGUCUCUGGAGCUGUUCGGACGCGUCUUCAUGGAGGAUGUUGGAGCAGAGCCUGGAUCGAUCCUGACCGAGCUGGGGGGCUUUGAGGUGAAGGAGUCUAAGUUCCGCCGGGAGAUGGAGAAACUCCGUAACCUCCAGUCUCGUGACCUGGCCCUGGAGGUGGACCGUGACCGUGACCAGCUGAUCCAGCAGACCAUGAGGCAGCUCAACACCCACUUUGGCCGGCGCUGCACCACCACACCCAUGGCUGUGCACCGCGUUAAGGUCACCUUCAAAGACGAGCCGGGCGAGGGUAGUGGUGUGGCCCGUAGCUUCUACACGGCCAUCGCCCUGGCCUUCCUGUCCAAUGACAAGCUGCCCAACCUGGACUGUGUGCAGAGCGUCAGCAAGGGCAUGCAGGCCAGCAGUACGUGUCAUCACGAUUACAACUCAAGUAUGACAUUGAAUCUGAUGCAGCGGCUGAGGAACAGAGACCGGGAGAGGGAGCGGAGGAGUGGAGGGCUCCGAGCCGGCUCUAGGAGAGACCGAGACAGCUCCCGUUUGGCUAAUGUCUCUUCUACCAACCUUGAUCGCGGUUCCCGCAGCACUGACAGCUGUGUUGACAUGACAACUGGGUCGGAGUUCCGAACCUUCAAAUGGAUCAUGGACUCGAGGAGACAGCUGUCCAUUGACACCCGGCCCUUCAGGCCAGCCUCGGAGGGGAACCCCAGUGAUGAACCUGACCCCCUGCCUGCCCACAGACAGGCCCUGGGAGAGAGGCUGUACCCCCGUGUCCACGCUAUGCAGCCGGCGUUUGCCAGUAAGAUCACAGGGAUGCUGCUGGAGCUCUCCCCAGCCCAGCUGCUGUUGCUCCUGGCCAGUGAGGACUCUCUCAGGGCCAGGGUGGAGGAGGCCAUGGAGCUGCUCAUUGCACAUGGAAGGGAAAAUGGUGCUGACAGCAUACUGGACCUGGGUCUCCUGGAGGCUCCUGAGAAAGCACAGCAGCAGGAGAACCGUAAGCGUCAUGGCUCCACCCGUAGUGUGGUGGACAUGGAGCUGGACGACCCUGAAGACGGAGAUGACAACGCUCCCCUGUUCUACCAGCCCGGGAAGAGAGGCUUCUACUCCCCCCGGCCCGGCAAGAACACGGAGGCCAGGCUCAACUGCUUCAGGAACAUCGGCAGAAUACUAGGGCUGUGUCUGCUGCAGAAUGAGCUCUGUCCAAUUACCUUGAACAGACAUGUCAUCAAGGUGCUGCUCGGCAGAAAGGUGAACUGGCAUGACUUUGCCUUCUUUGACCCGGUAAUGUACGAGAGCCUGCGGCAGUUGAUCCGUCACUCUCAGGCUGGAGAGGCGGAAGCUGUCUUUGCAGCCAUGGACGUGGCCUUUGCCAUAGACCUGUGUAAGGAGGAAGGGGCUGGACAGGUGGAGCUGCUGUCAGGUGGGGUCAACAUGCCUGUGACUCCUCUCAACGUUUACGAAUACGUGAGAAAGUACGCCGAACACAGGAUGCUGGUGGUUGCCGAGCAACCUCUUCAUGCGAUGAGGAAGGGUCUGUUGGAUGUCCUUCCUAAGAAUGCCCUGGAGGACUUGACAGCUGAGGACUUCAGGCUGCUGGUCAACGGCUGUGGAGAGGUCAACGUGCAGAUGCUCAUCAGCUUCACUUCCUUCAAUGAUGAAUCUGGUACAAAGACCUUGGCCCGUAUUCACAAAGAAUCUCAGAGGGAAAAUGCUGAUAAGUUGUUGCAGUUUAAACGCUGGUUUUGGUCCAUCGUGGAGAAGAUGAGCAUGACUGAGAGGCAAGAUCUGGUGUACUUCUGGACCUCCAGUCCGUCUCUGCCAGCCAGUGAGGAAGGCUUCCAGCCCAUGCCCUCCAUCACCAUCAGGCCUCCGGACGACCAGCACCUGCCCACGGCCAACACCUGCAUCUCGCGCCUCUACGUGCCACUCUACUCCUCCAAACAGAUUCUAAAACAGAAACUCUUACUAGCCAUUAAGACCAAGAACUUUGGUUUUGUGUAGAGGUUGACAAACAUGUUUACCUGUUAUGUAAUAUUUACCUAGUUCCAUUUUUGUAGAUUUGUUUUUUGUCUAUACAAUUUUAUGGAAUUUGAAGAAAAUACAAAAAUGCUGUCGCUCCCCUGGCGGUUAUUUUGUUUGUGUUGUGAACACAGACAGCUUGUUCUUAUUUUAUUUUUAAGAAAAAAAUUAGUUCUGAAGGUAAUAUACAUUCCUGCAUUGGCUUUGUAAAGUUGAAGCCCUCCGCUCUAUUGGCUUAAAACUUUACUUCCCAGGAAUUUGGCUCAACAGCAAACUGUGCCGAAGCUCAGCCAAAGAGGAUCGCAGUAGAAGUAUUUAAAAAGUAAAAGUAUAAAAAAAACACUGUGAUUAUGAUUUUGUUCCUUGCCCUAAACAGAAUACUUACUAUCACUGACAGUUCGCUGCUGCCUUGGUGGAAAGUAAUUAUUUUUCUUGUAUAGGGGGAGUAGGGAAUUUCAAAAUAAACUUGGAUGCAAAUUA